UAUCUUCAACAUUAAAAAAAAAAAAAAAGCCAUCAAAGAUCCCAAUUUUUUUGUUUACCUUCAUAUUUUUCAAUAAUUGUUUGUUCACCAUGGAAACAAGCAUGAUUUUCUCCAAGUUGGUCUCUUUUGUUUUGAUACUCCAGCUCCUCAAUCCUAUAGUUGUUUUGUCAUCAUCUUCUUCUCUAAGCUCAUCAAAUGGGUUGACUGAAAUCCCCAAGAAGUUCCUUGAUUUCGCUAAAAGAAAAGAGGUUGUUGAUUGGAUGGUAGGAAUCCGGAGGAAGAUACAUGAGAAUCCCGAACUAGGAUAUGAGGAAUUUGAGACUAGUAAGUUGAUUAGACUAGAAUUGGAUAAACUGGGUAUUCCUUAUAAAUACCCAGUUUCAGUCACUGGUAUUGUUGGCUUUGUUGGGACUGGUGAACCUCCUUUUGUUGCUAUAAGGGCUGAUAUGGAUGCCCUUGCUAUUCAGGAAACAGUCGAUUGGGAGCACAAGAGUAAAAAUCCUGGAAAGAUGCAUGCUUGUGGCCAUGAUGCUCAUGUCUCAAUGGUUCUUGGUGCUGCAAAAAUACUAAAACAGCAUCUUCAAGAGUUAAAGGGUACGGUUGUUCUUGUUUUCCAACCAGCUGAAGAAGGUGGCGGAGGGGCAAAAAAGAUGCUAGAUGCAGGUGUGUUAGACAAUAUUGAUGCAAUCUUUGGACUGCAUGUUCUACAUAGUGCACCAAUCGGUACCGUGGCCUCCAAGCCGGGUCCUUUAUUGGCUGGAAGUGGCUUAUUCGAUGCUGUAAUAAGCGGAAAAGGAGGCCAUGCAGCCAUUCCUCAACAUUCAAUAGACCCGAUUUUGGCAGCCUCUAACGUUGUAGUCAGCCUACAACAUCUUGUUUCACGAGAAGCUGAUCCAUUGGAUUCCCAGGUGGUCACAGUUGCGAAGUUUCAAGGAGGCGGCGCCUUUAAUGUCAUUCCAGAUUCAGUUACAAUUGGAGGGACUUUUCGGGCAUUUUCGAAAGCGAGUUUAAUACAACUUAAGAAGCGGAUCGAGGAGGUUAUCAAAGGGCAAGCUGCUGUACAAAGGUGCAGUGCGACCGUGGAUUUCUCCAAUACCAAGAAGCCGAUGCUCCUUUUCCCUCCGACUGUAAACGAUAAGGACUUGCACGAGCAUUUCCUGAAAGUUGCUGGGGAUAUGCUUGGAAAUGACAAAGUUAAAGACAUGAAACCAGUGAUGGGGUCCGAGGAUUUUGCAUUUUACCAAGAGGCGUUUCCUGGGUAUUUCUUCUUCAUUGGGAUGCAAGAUGAAAACAGCCCAAAGCUCAGCUCAGUCCACACCCCAAACUUCACUAUCAAUGAAGAUAUUCUUCCUUACGGUGCUGCACUUCAUGCAUCAUUGGCUACUACUUAUCUCCUUGAAGCAGAGUCGAAACUUCGUCCUACAGGGGGCAAUUUACAUGAUGAACUGUGAAGAUUCUUUGAAUAAGAACACGAUCAGAUUUAUUGGUAGAAAUUAUUAAAUUCCAUAGAAGUUAGUAGGGCAAGUUAUGUAAGAGAAAUCAAAAUUAAAAUAAAGAUAUUUAGUAACUUUUUAUAAUGUCUGUAAAACUACAAAGAUUUUUCCUUUUUUGGGUUAGAGCGAUAAAGAUUUCCAGCUCUAUUGUACA